ACAUUUUGAAUCAUUUCAUGAUCUGUUCAACGUGCGUCUCGGUAGUCAUUGGAGUUAAUGACAAAGUGUGUAUUAAUAACAAACCUCGAACCGAUGACUAAUUUCUGAAGGUAGAUUUUAAUUUAUAAACUGGCAACACUCCCUGCUUUUGUUGUCCCCAGAAAUAAAAAUGGCCGAUUCCCGUAAUGUCAAAACUCGUAGGGCGAGAGAUUAUUGUGAAAACGUGUAAAAUACCAUUGAAAUUGUGAAAAAAGUGCAUUUCAGUGUCGGUGACGUGUUUCAGUGGUUGUAAUACAGUGAUAUACGGUGGAAUUGGGGAUUAUACUCGUAUGGUGACGAAUCUGAGUGUGUAGUGUCUUACCUGCUAAAUAGAUGCACAAUGUGAGCGUGUCAUGUGGGGCGCUGCGGCGGGCUGGUGGUGCGGCGCGCUGGCGGCCGGCGCGCUGCUGCUGCUGCUGCUGGGGGCGCGCUGCCGCCGCGCGCGCACGCGCCGCAAGCUGCUGAGCGCCGCGCCGCGCCCGCCCACCCCGCCCCGCGCGCCCGCGCCCGCGCCCCGCCUGCUCGUGGCGCGCCGCCUGCGCCCCACCGAGCCGCCGCGCGCGCGCGCCUCGCUGUGCCGCGCCCCCGCCGACGCCCCGCCCCCCGACCCCGCGCACGACCCCCCGCAGAUCGUCAUCGUCAGCAACCCCGCCCCGCCGGCUCCGCACCCGCCCGCCCCUACCCCUGCCCCCUCCGAACUGAUCCCCAAGCUGCCGCUGCCGGAGCAGUGGCUGCACAAGCGCCUCGACUACAAGUACACCACCAUCCCGCGCCCCAUCACGGCGGACCUGGGCGCCGACUUGUCCCAGGAGACGCGCGCCAAGAAGUUCAGCGCGACCCGCUCGCCUUCACUGGAGAAAGACGACAAAUCCCCCUUCUUAUUGAGUGCUUCAGCGAAAUCGGAUAAAGAAGUAUUCGGCUUCGACACCGAAGCGGUCGAGAAGCUAAGUGAGAAGAUGAGUGAGAGGUCUCAGGAGGAGGAGGCGUCUCCCAGCAACCUGAGGCGGUUCCGGUCGGUGAGCACUCGCCUGAACAUGUGCAGUGUCAGCGAGGGCGCGCACCUCGAGGGCCAGCAGGAGAGGCUGGAGAUGCAGAACUCCCCGCGAGUGCUAGAGUGUAGUUCCGCCAAAGAAAAGUCUUCAGCUCCCAAGUUCGACUUCUCCCCGAAGCUGCUCGCGGAGACGAUGGCGUCUCCAAGGUUUUUUACGCCUCCAGAGACGGUUUCCCCGAUGUUCUUCGCGGAGCCUUCGCCUAAAUCAGUGUACUUCGACACGGUGCGCUCUCCCAAGUUCUUCCCGGAGACUCCGCGCGAGGCCGAGGUGCCGCAGUCGCCGCGCGCGCUCGGAGACCAUCUCAACAGGAACGGAGUCACGGAGAAGCCGUGCUCCCCGCGCGUGCUGAACCGGCCUAGUCCCAAAGUACAUAGUUAUAACAAGGAAAACUACUUCACUUUUGAACAAUCGUGUUUAGAGGACAAAGCGCUGCCGCGGCCGAGGAGGUACGGCGGCAGGAACUCUAUAGAGAAGGAGCGGUUCACUCCUCCCGCGGACAAGGAGGUGAGGAGGUACCGGAGGCAUCACAGCUGCGAGGCCAACUACAAGACUAUAGAGCUGAACAUCACCAAGUGUGACGACAACAAGGAGGCCGACACCAAGCUGGGCGAGGACGUCACCGACUGCUGCAUCAAGAUGGACACGCUGGACAUCGAACCCAAAGUCCCAGAAGAGUCUGAAGUGUCCCCCAGCCCUUCGAACUCCGCUCAGGCGAGGCGACAGAGACUCAAAUCGAUAUCGCUGGACUCUGACAACGCGAAGAUAAUAGAACAGAACCUUGGACUGCCGAUAGCUAAGCAGAUGAAGGAUCAGAUGAAUGAGGCCUACAAGAACCAGGAGACCAGCACCUCGUGUGAGAGCAUGGAGAGGCAUCACGCGCAGAAGACCCCUACUAGCGAGAGGCCCAUGUUCAAGUUCGAAGACGAUACGAAGGACAAGGUGGUAGAGAGGGAGACGGAAGAACCGAAGUCUCCCGACGUGAAGCAUAAAAAGUCUCUCCGCCAAAGCUCCGACACACAGUCCUUCCUCGACAUGCCACGCUUCUCGCCGAAAGAAUUCGAAAUCACGGUGACGUCGGAAGAGGGCGCCACUGUAGCCGCCGAAACGCAAACGAAGAAGAAAGGCAAGAACCUACGAAACUUAAGGAUCGACCUCACGAAACGAGACAGCGAUUUGGAGAAGGAACUUCUGGAAUUUGAGAAGUUGUAUACUGAUGCUGAGGAGAAGAAGGUGAAGACUCCCACUUUGAAAGUAAAGGCUACUUCUCUCGACUCCUCGGAGAGUGUGAACCUCUCGUUACCGCAGAAGAAGACCCUGGAGGUCCCUCAGAACUCUGUCUCCAUGCCAAACACUCCCAAACGCCAGAUUAAAAGGAUCCUAGCACAUAAGAAUAUCAAGCAUGACGUGGUUGGUGCCAAACUCGGGUACAACUCCUUACAGUCCAACGCUGAACAGCGCAGACUGUACAUGAAAGGCCAGGACAGCGGGAUCUACCUCCGAGAGAACCAUGCAACCCUGAUGCUGUACCAGCCCGGCACUUCUCGCAUGGGCUCCCGAACUAUGGGAUCCUUUGACGAGAAUAUGGCUGAUCUGGAGAACACGCCAGAGAUUAAUAUAUCUGGUGCAGAUAGCCGGACUUAUGUGGUGGAUUCAGGAGCUACACUCGGUUCCAAUCUUCUCAAUUAUAAGCAAAACCUUAGCGUUUCAAGCACUAAUCUGAAGACCUUACCUGAAGGUGUACCUUCAGAUGACUUCGAGCUCAGCGCUGAAGAUGAGAAGAUGACGAAGAAACUACACAGGAGGAACUCCAACCAGAGUCUGAUGUUAAGCACUCACAGUUUGCAGAGCUCGAACUGUUCUCUAAGCAGUGCUGGUGCCUCCUGUCACAACCUGGCUGCAGUGAGGACCAGCGUCUCCAACUUCAGCCUCAAUUCUGACAGUAGACAGAAGAAACUCAGUCUUGACCGGCGAGACUCCAACAGUUCUUUAGCCACUGACCAUCUCACACCCACGACAAGAGUGAUCUGCUCCUCAAACUCCAACGUAUCUGGUGAGGUCACGAGGAACUGCCUCCUCCAGCGUCGUGGGUCCAACAACAGCCUGACUCUGAACAUCCUCUCCUCGAAUAACCUCAGCCGUCACUCCAGUAACAGUUCCCUCAAUAAGGACGCCAAACCACACCAGAAGAAGGGUCUUCUUGAACGCAGGAGUUCAAAUACUUCUCUAACUUUGAAUAUCAAUCAGUCGAACCCUCAACUAUCAGUGAAUAGAGGUCUUAGCGUGUCUAACUACAACCUGAACGGGUCUACCUGUAAUCUAAGCAGGUAUAACAGCAAUAUAAGUAUAGACAACCCCACUGCUGAGCCAAGGAAGGGAAUCUUGGAGAGACGCAGCUCCAAUACCUCCCUGACUCUAAAUAUCCAACCACGGGAAGAGCCACGGGACCUGGAGAUAGAUGAGACCUUAAUAGACACCAAUUUAAAAGACCUACCACACAGGGAUAAGCACAGAAAGUCACUAAGCACAGAGAACUUAAUACCGCGGUCUUACAAAAACCGCACAAGACUGCGGUCUACCGACAAAGGUGUAGGUUUUGGCUCCCAUGAUAACCUCUGGUCUACUUCAUACUCUGAUCAAGAAUACCCUCAAAACCUAACCUUCGUCUGCGGAGACCAGGAGAAUGAGAUCAUCUACGCUUUUGGGAGACAGGAUGAGCCGAAUUAUCAACAAGGUUUCACCAGGAAUAUUACCACGAAGCCGUUAAGCCCCCAAAGCACUUCCGAAGACUUUAGACUCUAUCUUGCAAACAUGCAGCAUCUCCAAAACGCAUCCAGCGUCCUAACCAGACAGAAUUUAAGAGAUCUAAACGACGUAUUCCAAAAUGGGUACUCCAAAGUCAAAUGCCAUAUACCUGGUGAAGGCCAACACUGCUGUUCAGGGCGAGUGGAAGACCUUGGAAAGCAGAACCCUCAGACUGUGAUACCGGAGCCGGUGGUCUCCCAACCCUGCUCGGAGUACCAGAAGAUGCUGCUCCGCAACCUUCACCAGGAGUUUUGGGAUAUGCCGACCAAUUUCCAGGAGAAGCCGUUGGUUUCUGGUUCUCAUACGAAGAACAGGUAUAAGACUAUCCUGCCCAAUGAGCAUUCUCGUGUUAUAUUGAGGCCGGAGCGAGGCGCGCCCGAGGGAUAUAUCAAUGCCAAUUACAUUAAGGGCCACGAGUACACGCGCAACACGUACAUCGCGACGCAGGGCCCCCUACAGAACACGCUGCACGACUUCUGGAGAAUGCUGCACCAGAACCAGCCCCUCCCCGACCAACCCCCAUCCCCGCAGAAGGUGGUGAUGCUCACCAACUUCGUGGAGAACAACCGACACAAGUGCGAGAGGUACUUCCCUCUCGAACCCGGAGAGGAACUCACAGUACCAAACCCGGAACGUUUGGACGAUAUCAGUGAUGUGUUUAUAGUGAAAAACUGUGGCUUACUCCGCAAACCUGGAUACACGAUCAGACAUUUGCAACUCUCGUACAGUGACAGUGACAGUGACAGUGCAGUGACAGUGUACCACUACUGGUUCCACAACUGGGCCGACCACAAGUGUCCCAAGGAUGUGACCGCCCUCCUCAACCUCAGCCUGGACGUCCUCGGAGGGACGGAGUAUGACUUCAGUGGGGACAGUGAUAGUGUGUGUCAGUGUGAUUCUCCCAAGAGUGUGGACAGGUUUGUGUUCCCUCCGGAGGAGGCUCAGUGUAUUGAGGGUGUAGGAGUGCCCGUGGUAGUGCAUUGUUCUGCUGGGAUCGGUCGCACAGGGUGUCUCCUGGCGAUCCUGAACGGCAUCAAGCAGCUGCUGGCGGAGAACAAGGUGGACGUGCUGGCCAUCGUGUGCAACAUGCGCCUCAACCGAGGCGGCAUGGUGCAGAACUCGGAGCAGUACGAGCUGAUACAUAAGGUCCUGUGCCUCUACGAGCAGACCUACUUACCGUUAUAGCUGUCGCCGCAUUCUCUGCUCUAUGUCCAUUGCUAGUUCAUAG